AUUCAGCAGUUGCAGGGUAAACACGGGCAAGCUUCAAAAGCCCAUUUAAUUACCGUCUAUUAGUUUUAAUGGAAUAACAUAACGGCAAAUUACAGAAAAAAUGGCGACAAACAAUUGGGACAAAUUUGUCCUUCUGCUAUGGAAAAACUGGAUAAUUCAAUCGCGUCACAUAAUUCAAACGAUUUUCGAGAUUUUACUUCCGGUGGCGUUCACGAGUCUUUUGCUCUUGAUGCGAGGCCUAGUUGAUCCCACAGAUUAUCCCGAUCCAAUUUACUACCGCGGCGAAGCAAUAAACACGCUUCAACGUAUUCAAUGGCACGACGUGAAUCCUCCAAUAGAUUGGGCAAUUGCGUAUUCCCCAACGAACAAUGUAUUACAAAAACUAAUUUCCGACGCGAUUCUCACAAUGAAUACCUCAAUUCCGAUUCGUGUUGACUCGAAUGCCACAGCAAAUGACUUGCAGCGGCACUUGACCACAAACAACGUGUUCGUUGGAGUCGAAUUUCCGGAAGAUUAUGCAACGAUCACCGCUUUACCGAAAGAUUUUGAAUUUACAUUGCGUUUCCCGUAUGAGCUACGUACGACUGAUAGCGGAGCUUUUGUGGAAUUAUCAAAUUGGUUCACGGAUUUGUUGUUUCCGGCAUUUCAGCUUGAUGGACCACGAAAUCGCGAUAGAAAUGAUGGCGGUUUGCCUCCAGGGUAUUUCAGAGAGGGAUUUAUUCCUGUUCAGGCAGCCAUUUCGAGAGCAUAUACAGAAGCGAUGCGGGGAGAUGGAACGCAACAAGAUGAAAUUCCAGAUAUUUACAUGCAAAGAUAUCCGUAUCCAGCGUAUUUGAAUGAUCCGUUAUUGUUUGGACUACAGGCUUUCAUUCCCUUGAUAAUUAUGAUUAGUUUCUUGUAUUCAGCAAUCAACAUUGUGAAAUACAUAACGGUGGAGAAGGAAAAACAACUGAAGGAGGCAAUGAAGAUCAUGGGAUUGAAUAAUUGGCUACAUUGGACAGCUUGGUUCGUAAAAUGCUUGAUAUUUUUUGUGAUUACGAUAUCUUUAAUGACGGUUAUUCUAAAAUUGGAAUUCAAGGCUGGAAAGGAUAUAUCGGUGUUCUCUAAGAGUGAUUGGACUGUUGUCUGGGUCUAUUUAUUCGUUUAUUCCAUUUCGAGCAUUUGUUUCUGCUUUGCGAUGAGCGUAUUUUUCUCAAAAGCCAACACAGCAUCCAUGAUUUCCGGAAUUUUUUGGUUUUUGGCAUACACACCGUUUGCUGUGACCGCUCAAAACUACGACUCACUCUCAUCCGGCGCUAAAUGGGGUCUUUGCAUCUUUUCCAACAGCGGAAUGUCAAUUGGAUUUCAAAUCAUGAUGCGACAUGAAGGCACCAGUGACGGUAUCCAGUGGUCAAAUCUCUUCUCACCCGUCUCGCAAGAUGAUGAUUUUACAGUUGGCAAUACUUUGCUAAUGUUGAUUGUUGAUUCCGUGCUUUACUUGUUAAUCGCUUUGUAUGUGGAAAAAAUCAAGCCUGGAGAUUACGGUGUAGCCGAGCCGUGGUACUUUUUUGUCACAAAAUCCUUUUGGUGUAAAGGAAGUGCCGAAAAUAACGUUGAAGCUGAAAACGAUUUCCGCAUCUCAUCGUUGAAAUUGCACAACAUGGAGCCAGAUCCACGCGAAAGUGUUGCCGGUAUUGAAAUCAAGAAUUUGCGGAAAGAGUAUCCGAACAAGAAUAAGAAAGUGGCUGUGAAAGGACUGAGAUUGAACAUGUAUGAAAAUCAAAUAACGGUACUUUUGGGACAUAAUGGCGCGGGAAAGACAACUACAAUGAGCAUGUUAACGGGAAUGAUUCCGCCGACAUCGGGUACUGCAUUGAUCAAUGGCAAAGACAUACGUACGGACAUCGAUGGUGUUAGAGAUUCGCUCGGAUUGUGUCCGCAACACAAUAUUCUGUUUGAUGAGUUGACUGUUAGGGAGCACAUUGUCUUUUUCAGUCGCUUGAAGGGCUUAGACAAGGGGGCAGUGAACGCUGAAGUCGAUAAAUAUGUUGAUCUCAUCGAGUUGCGGGACAAGAUCAAUUCUCAGUCAAAGACGUUGUCAGGAGGCAUGAAGAGAAAAUUAUCGGUCGCUAUUUCGUUAUGUGGAGGCAGCAAAGUUGUGUUGUGUGAUGAACCAACGAGUGGCAUGGAUCCAUCAGCUCGUCGCGCUUUGUGGGACCUCUUGAUUAAAGAAAAACAAGGACGAACUCUUCUCUUGACCACACAUUUUAUGGACGAAGCUGAUGUUCUCGGCGAUCGAAUUGCAAUCAUGGCAGAGGGAGAUCUCAAGUGUGUUGGUUCUCCGUUCUUCCUGAAAAAGCGCUUUGGCGUGGGAUAUCGCCUCGUGGUCGUUAAAGGAGAAAAUUGCAACCCGGACAACCUUACAUGGCUCAUCAGCAAAUACAUUCCGGACAUUCAGGUGGAAACAGAUAUCGGUUCGGAAUUAAGUUACGUCCUUAACGAACAGUAUUCGAACGUUUUUCGAACAAUGUUUGCUGAUAUCGAGAAUAACACAAGAGAUUUGGGCAUCACGAGCUAUGGUGUGAGUUUAACAACGUUGGAGGAAGUAUUUUUGAAAGUUGGUAGUGACUCAAAUAUGAUACCGCACGACAUGGAUGAGAAUCGUAGUGAUGUAAGUUCGGUGGAUAACUUGAAUGGAUUCAAUAAUUUCAGUUCGCAAGAAACAUUGGAAACUGGCUCGGAAAUCAGUCUUUUAACGGGAACUCAAUUGGCGUGGAAUCAAUCUUUAGCAAUGAUACUGAAGAAAUACUACUACAACAUUCGAAAUAUUAAAGUUUUGGUCAUACAAAAUUUGAUUCCAGUCGUCUUUUUGAUCUUAACGAUCUUUACUGUGCGACAAUGGAUCAGCACAAAUACAGAGGCCGUCCCACUUCGCAUGACUCUCGAUAGUUAUGCUAACUCUUUCACCGUUUUACAAGUCGAAAAUUCGCCGGAAGUUAAUCCUUUACUACAAAACAUCGCUAAAAGUUAUGAAAAUUUAUUCGCCAACCAACGCCCGAACCAAGAUCUCAUCAAAAUCGAGCAAGACUUCCAGCAAUACAUUCUCCAAAAGAUGAACGAAACUUUAUCGGUUGUAAAUGCGCGUUAUUUGGUAGCUGGAUCGAUUACCGCACGAAAUAUCACAGCAUAUUUCAAUAAUCAGGCUUAUCAUACAGCCCCCUUAACGAUUCUAAUGAUGCAAAAUGCCAUUCUCAAGUCAUUCCGCAGUGAUUGCGAAAUUUCAGUGUACAAUAAACCACUGCCUGUGUCUGCGGAAUCGCGAACGCAACAAUUGAAUCAAGGAAACAACAUGGGAUUCCAACUCGCUUUCAACACAGGUUUUGCGAUGGCAUUCACGGCGGCCUUUUACACAUUGUUCUACAUCAAGGAACGCACAACUCGCAGUAAAUUACUGCAAUUUGUGAGUGGCGUCAAUAUUUUCACUUACUGGGCCGUGUCGUUCAUCUGGGAUUAUUUAUCGUUUUUGGUGACGAUUCUCUUGUAUCUAGCUACACUUGUGUGUUUCCAAGAAGAAGGAUGGCGCACAGUCUCAGAACUGGGACGAGUUCUCGUUAUUUUGCUACUUUUCACAUGGGCUGCGUUGCCAAUGACUUAUUUAAUUUCAUUUUGGUUCACAAUCCCCUCAACUGGGUUCACGCGAAUGUCGAUGUUGAAUAUCUUGACGGGCGUGAUCGCUUUUAUGAUUGUCUUUAUCAUGCAAGCGGGAAUUUUCCCUGAUCUCAAAACGAUUGGUGAUACGUUGAAUUGGAUUUUCCUCAUUUUUCCAAACUUUGCGAUGACUCAGUCGUUUAGUAAUUUGAACAUCAUCACACAAAAGGCACAAAUUUGCAAGGCGCAAUGUGAAGGACUCACGGGAUGCACUGAACAGUUAAUGUGUCAAUUUAUUCCGAUUUGCUGUGACCAAGGCUCGCAUUGGGCAUGGGAAAUGCCAGGAAGCGGAAGAAAUUUGGUGUUCAUGGCCGGUGUCGGAGUCAUUGCUUUCGUUAUUCUCUUCUUGAAGGAAUAUAAAUUACUGAAAAUUUCGUGUUUCAAUGGAAAAUCAAAUAAAGUCAUUGCCGAGACCGAGGAUGAAGUCAUGGAUGCAGACGUGAAAAUGGAAAAGGCAAAAAUCAAGGGACUUACUCAAGCGGAAAUAAAAGAUUACAACUUGGUGAUGAAGGAUGUCACGAAAUAUUACAAGGACUUUUUGGCAGUGAAUCAAUUGUGUGUUGGCGUAAAUCACUCGGAGUGUUUCGGGCUACUUGGCGUGAAUGGUGCUGGCAAAACGAGUACUUUUAAGAUGUUAACGGGUGACGAGAACAUUUCGCAAGGUGAUGCAUUUGUGCAAGGAAUUAGUUUAAAUACGCGCAUGGAUUUAGUACACAAAGUUAUCGGAUAUUGUCCUCAAUUUGAUGCCUUGUUGGAAGACCUCACGGGACGUGAAACGCUACGUAUUUAUUGCCUUUUGCGUGGCAUUCCGAACAAAAUGAUCGAUUCGAUGAUCACAAAGCUCGCUACUGAGCUUAACGUCAUGAAACACAUCGACAAAAAGGUCAAGGAAUACAGUGGCGGUAACAAACGAAAGCUUUCAACGGGAAUUGCUUUGAUUGGUAACCCAUCAGUGAUAUAUUUGGACGAACCAACUUCUGGUAUGGAUCCCGGGGCACGACGUCAACUGUGGAAUAUUAUUUGCAAGAUGCGUGAUAAAGGUCGAUCCAUCAUCUUGACAAGUCAUAGCAUGGAGGAAUGUGAAAAUUUAUGUACGAGAUUGGCGAUUAUGGUAAAUGGAGAAUUUAAGUGUAUUGGAAGUGUCCAACAUCUGAAGAAUAAAUUUAGUAAAGGUUUUGUCUUAACCAUCAAAAAGUCUCGUGAAACUGCAGGACGGAAGUCAGACAUGAAUGAAAUUAAAAAUUUCAUUUCGAAUCGCUUUGAGGGCGCUUAUUUGAAGGAGGAACAUUCUGACAUGCUUGCAUAUCACAUUCCUCAAACAACGCUCAAAUGGAGUGAAAUGUUCGGAAUAAUGGAAGACAACAAGGAAACGCUCGACAUUCAAGAUUAUUCCUUGGGACAGACAUCGUUAGAGCAAGUGUUCCUUUUCUUCACCAAAUAUCAACGAAAUGUUGAUGAAGACGUGAAAAAAUAAUUUUAGUCUAAAUUAAAUUUUUAUUUUAUUUUUUAUUUAAAAAGAAACGAUCGUUAAAUAAAUAAAUAAAUAUAUAGAACAAAAAAUUGUUGUGAGAAGGUUAGCAAAUAUAAAUAUGUGAAAUUUUGAGAAU